CCGCUGUGUAGACAUCGGAGCCACGGCUAUAGCUCAAGCACAGAAAAACUGUCACAAAACCCCACCUAUGCACAUGGAGGCUUGUGCGGGCCAAGCUAGCAGCAGGCACAUCGUUCUGGUGCACGGCGCAUGCCUCGGCGGCUGGUCCUGGUUCAAGGUGGCGACGUGGCUCAGGUCGGCCGGGCACCGCGUGAGCACGCCUGACCUCGCGGCGUCGGGCGUCGACCCCAGGCCGCUGCGCGAGGUGCCGACGUUCCGCGACUACACCAAGCCGCUGCUGGACCUCCUGGAGUCCCUCCCGCCCGGCGAGAAGGUGGUCCUCGUUGGCCACAGCCUGGGCGGCGUGAACAUCGCCCUCGCCUGCGAGCUGUUCCCCGAGAAGAUCGCCGCUGCGGUGUUCGUCGCCGCCUUCAUGCCGGACCACAGGUCGCCGCCGUCGUACGUGCUUGAAAAGUUCGUGGAGGGGAGAACGCUGGACUGGAUGGACACGGAGUUCAAGCCUCAAGAUCCCGAGGGCAAGCUGCCUACUUCCAUGCUGUUCGGGCCGCUGGUCACUCGAGCAAAGUUCUUCCAGCUGUGCUCGCCGGAGGACCUGACGCUGGGAAGAUCCCUGAUGAGGGUCAGCUCCAUGUUCGUGGACGACCUGAGGCUGCAGCCGCCGUACACGGAGGCCCGCUACGGGUCGGUGCGCAAGGCGUACGUCGUCUUCAAGGACGACCACGCCAUUGUCGAGGGGUUCCAGCGGUGGAUGCUGCACAACUACCCCGUGGAUGAGGUGAUGGAAAUCGACGGCGCGGACCACAUGGCGUUGCUCUCGACGCCGACCGAGCUGGCGCGCUGCCUCGCUGACAUCGCUGUCAAGUAUGCUGCCUGAAAUUGACGACGCACGUUGCUUUGCUGACCUAUCCGUUUACCUUUGAUACCGUCUCGUUGCCGGCAUUUGUGACUUGUCACAUCUACUGCUGUAAUUACCUACCUCAAGGUUUGUCCCGGUCCUUGUGUUUCAGAGACUUCUACUGCACUCUAUCCAUAUAAGACAGAUGAUGUUUCAACAUCGUAUCGUGGUGCAUGUAACUUGUGGCUAUUUAAUAAUUAAUAAAGAUAAAUGUUGGUGAGCA